AACAUGUUGUGUGGAAAGGAUCUGCUUUGGCUGCAUUACACUGUGGAAGGCCUCCAGAGUCGCCAAUAAACUAUGGUAGCCCACCCAGUAUAGUGGAUACCCUCUUUUCAAGAAAACUAAAUGGAAGAUAUAGACUUGAACGCCUUGUUCCAACUGCAGUGUAUCAACAUAUGAAAAUGCACAAACGAAUCUUAGGACAUUUAUCUUCCGUAUACUGUGUAACUUUUGAUCGGACUGGCAGACGGAUAUUUACCGGUUCAGAUGAUUGCCUUGUAAAAAUCUGGGCAACAGAUGAUGGAAGGUUGUUGGCUACUCUAAGAGGACAUGCAGCUGAAAUAUCUGACAUGGCUGUGAACUAUGAAAACACCAUGAUUGCUGCAGGGAGCUGUGAUAAAAUGAUCCGAGUUUGGUGUCUUCGAACAUGUGCACCCCUAGCAGUUUUGCAGGGCCACAGUGCAUCGAUAACAUCACUGCAGUUUUCUCCGUUGUGCAGUGGUUCAAAGAGAUAUCUGUCCUCGACUGGGGCAGAUGGAACAAUAUGUUUUUGGCUCUGGGAUGCUGGCACCCUUAAAAUAAAUCCAAGGCCAGCAAAGUUUACAGAACGCCCUCGGCCGGGAGUCCAGAUGAUCUGUUCUUCUUUUAGUGCUGGUGGAAUGUUUCUGGCCACUGGAAGUACAGAUCACAUCAUUAGGGUUUAUUUCUUUGGAUCAGGUCAGCCAGAGAAGAUAUCAGAGUUGGAGUUUCAUACUGAUAAAGUUGACAGCAUUCAGUUUUCUAACAGUAGUAAUAGGUUUGUAAGUGGAAGUCGUGAUGGGACAGCACGUAUCUGGCAAUUUAAGCGAAGGGAAUGGAAGAGUAUUUUGUUAGACAUGGCUACUCGUCCGUCAGGACAAAGUCUGCAAGGAGUAGAAGACAAAAUCACAAAACUGAAAGUAACAAUGGUGGCAUGGGACCGCCAUGACAACUCUGUUAUAACUGCAGUUAAUAACAUGACUCUAAAAGUUUGGAAUUCUUUCACUGGCCAACUUAUUCAUGUCCUUAUGGGACAUGAGGAUGAAGUGUUUGUUCUUGAACCUCAUCCAUUUGAUCCUAGAGUUCUCUUCUCUGCUGGCCAUGAUGGCAACGUCAUAGUCUGGGAUCUGGCAAGAGGGGUCAAAAUUAGGUCUUACUUCAACAUGAUUGAAGGGCAAGGACAUGGUGCAGUUUUUGACUGCAAGUGCUCUCCUGAUGGUCAACAUUUUGCAUGUACAGACUCUCAUGGUCACCUUUUGAUUUUUGGCUUUGGCUCCAGUAGCAAAUAUGACAAGAUAGCAGAUCAGAUGUUCUUUCACAGUGAUUAUCGGCCUCUUAUCCGUGAUGCCAACAACUUUGUCUUAGAUGAACAGACACAACAGGCGCCACAUCUCAUGCCCCCUCCCUUUUUGGUUGACGUUGAUGGCAACCCUCAUCCAGCAAGAUACCAGAGAUUAGUUCCAGGUCGUGAGAACUGCAGGGAAGAGCAGCUUAUUCCUCAAAUGGGUGUGACUUCCUCAGGAUUGAACCAAGUUCUCAGUCAACAAGCAAACCAGGAAGUAAGUCCUUUGGACAGCAUGAUACAGAGGCUUCAGCAAGAACAAGAUCAAAGACGUUCUGGGGAGGCAGGAACUAGCAAUAUCAGUCGGUUAAGCAGAGGCUCUGUAAGUACUACCUCAGAAGUACAUUCACCACCAAAUAUAGGUUUAAGGCGUAGUGGACAAAUUGAAGGUGUGCGACAGAUGCAUAGCAAUGCACCAAGAAGUGAAAUAGCCACCGAGCGGGACCUUGUGGCUUGGAGUCGAAGGGUUGUGGUACCUGAAUUGUCAUCAGGGGUAGCCAGUAGGCAGGAAGAAUGGAGAGCUGCAAAGGGAGAAGAAGAAGUAAAGAUAUAUAGAUCAGAAGAGAAAAGGAAAUAUAUUACAAGUCAUGCUCCAAGAGAGAACAAAAUACCUUCUUUCUCUAAGAACCAUUCGCACGACCACAUACUAGACGCAGGAGACUCAAGAAAGCAACAAGCUAACCAACACAACUACCGUACCAGAUACGCAUUAGAAGAAACUGCCAGGCCUGCUGAAGAGUUAGAAAAUGGAAACAGUUCAUCAGAUAGUAACUGUCACAUACUUCCUUAUCAGGAAGGAGAAAUAGUUGUUGCCAGUGGUGGAACAUCAGAAGAUGAUGAGAGAGCAUGGCACAGUGAUGGCAGUUCUAGUGACUACUCUAGUGAUUAUUCUGACUGGACAGCAGAUGCAGGAAUUAAUCUGCAGCCACCAAAGAAAAUUCCUAAACUUAAAACCAAGAAAGCAGAAAGCAGUUCAGAGGAUGAGGAAGGAACAGAAAAACAAAAGAAGCAAAUUAAAAAAGAAAGGAAAAAAGGGAAUGAAGAUAAAGAUGGACCAACAACAUCACCAAAGAAAAGGAAACCCAAAGAAAGAAAACAAAAGAGAUUGGCUGUGGGCGUGUUGGCAGAGAACGGCCUGACUUUGGAAGAGUGGCUGCCUUCAGCCUGGAUUACAGAUACUAUUCCCCGUCGAUGUCCAUUUGUGCCGCAAAUGGGUGAUGAGGUUUAUUAUUUCCGACAAGGUCACGAAGCAUACGUUGUAAUGGCCAAAAAGAACAAAAUAUACAGUAUUAAUCCCAAAAAACAGCCGUGGCAUAAAAUGGAACUCCGGGAGCAAGAACUGAUGAAAAUAGUUGGAAUUAAGUAUGAAGUGGGUUUGCCUACUCUCUGCUGCCUUAAACUUGCUUUUCUUGAUCCAGAUACUGGAAAACUGACUGGAGGAUCAUUCACAAUGAAGUAUCAUGAUAUGCCAGAUGUUAUAGAUUUCCUUGUCUUGCGGCAACAGUUUGAUGAUGCAAAACAUAGACGAUGGAAUAUAGGUGAUCGUUUCAGAUCCAUAAUUGAUGAUGCUUGGUGGUUUGGAACAAUUGAAAGCCAGGAACCUCUUCAGCCUGAUUACCCUGAUAGUUUGUUUCAGUGUUAUAACGUCUGCUGGGACAAUGGUGACACUGAGAAGAUGAGUCCUUGGGAUAUGGAGCUUAUACCGAAUAAUGCUGUGUUUCCUGAAGAACUGGGUACUAGCGUUCCUUUAACUGAAGGUGAACGCAGAGCAUUAAUCUACAAACCUCUGGAUGGAGAAUGGGGUUCCAGGACCAGAGAUGAAGAAUGUGAGAGAAUUAUUUCAGGGAUAAACCAGCUCAUGACUCUAGAUAUUGCUUCUCCAUUUGUGGCACCUGUGGACCUCCAAGCUUACCCCAUGUAUUGCACUGUUGUGGCAUAUCCCACAGAUCUCAGUACAAUUAAACAAAGACUGGAAAGCAGAUUUUACAGGCGGGUUUCUUCACUUAUGUGGGAAGUCCGGUACAUAGAGCAUAAUACACGAACAUUCAAUGAACCUGGAAGUCCUAUUGUUAAAUCUGCCAAAUUCGUCACGGAUCUUCUGCUACACUUCAUAAAAGACCAGACUUGUUAUGCUAUAAUUCCUUUAUAUAAUACAAUGAAGAAGAAAGUAUUGUCUGACUCUGAUGAGGAAGAAGAGAAAGAUACAAAUGUUCCAGGAACUUCCACUAGGAAAAGAAAGGAUCAUCAGCCCAAACGGAGGCUGCGCAAUAGAGCUCAGUCAUAUGACGUUCAGGCAUGGAAGAGACAAUGCCAGGAGUUGCUGAAUCUCAUUUUUCAGUGCGAGGACUCUGAACCUUUUCGCCAACCAGUGGAUCUCCUUGAAUAUCCAGAUUAUAGAGACAUUAUUGACACACCAAUGGAUUUUGCUACAGUUAGAGAAACUCUGGAGGCUGGCAAUUAUGAGUCACCAAUGGAAUUAUGUAAAGAUGUGAGACUUAUUUUCAGCAACUCCAAAGCUUACACGCCAAGCAAAAGAUCAAGGAUUUACAGCAUGAGUUUGCGCCUUUCUGCUUUCUUUGAGGAACAUAUAAGUUCUAUUUUAUCAGAUUAUAAAUCUGCUGUGCGUUUUCAUAAAAGAAGUUCAUUAAAGAAACGGAGGAAAAAAAGAAGCAGAAGCAGCUCCGUGUCCAGUAGCGUUGCAUCAAGCCCUGAAAGGAAGAGAAGGUUUAUAAAACCUCAGUUGAAGACAGAGGCCUUAGCUGCUCCUUCGUCUUCGGUACCUGCACGUUCAACAACACUGAGACACAUUGCUGCUCAGAUGAACGGAAAAGCGACUGAAAUGUCUUCUCUAGUGCGGACUAGAAGCAAUAGGGGGGUGCUAGAUACUCCUGUUACAGAACAACCAUCCACUUCUUCAGGAGGAAAGCCUUUAACUACAAAGCCUUUAAUAACAAAACCCAAUUCUGCGGUGUCAGGGAAAUCAGUACUGGAGAAUUCUGCCAAACAUUCCAGGAGUCAAAAUGUUCUGUCAAACGCUAGCCAAUCUGGUUACAGUCAUAACACUAGAAAUAACUCCUCAAGAGAAAAUGUGGAGAAAGAUAAACAAGUCAAGCGAAAAGUGAAAUCAUCCACUGUUAAUCAGGAAGCAAACUGCAAAAAUAAUGCUUUGGCAUCAGGAAGCAUUCAGGUAAAUGGACAUGGAAGUCAGCCUUCAAAACCUCCAGUUAAGAGAGGUCCUGGACGGAAACCGAAAGCAGAGACUAAUACCAGUAGCUGUGAAGUGGUGCACAAGAAAAGAGGCAGGAAACCAAAAAAGCUACAAAUUGUUGACCAGAAGAAUGCAGAGCAGAAUACAAUCCAGACCACAAGAGAUGCAACAGAAGAAGCAUCAGCUUCUAACGCAUGCAAUUCUCUUUCUGAAAAUAAUGUGAAGGAAGACUUGUUACAAAAAAAAGGCCGUGGGGGUAGAAAGCCAAAAAGAAAGAUGAAGUUGCAUCAACCAGACUCAGAUCUUUUAGUUCCUGCAAAUGUUAAGAUGCAGACAAGAAGCAGGAGGAAAAAGACAGAUGAACCUGUAGAGGAAGAACGGUCUGAGGAACUUAAAGAUUCUGAACCCCACAUGAGAACUAGAAACCAGGGUAGGAGGACAGCCUUUUACAAUGAAGAUGACUCUGAGGAAGAGCAACGACAGCUAUUGUUUGAAGACACCUCUUUAACUUUUGGAACAUCUAGCAGAGGCAGAGUCCGAAAGUUGACUGAAAAAGCAAAGGCCAACUUGAUUGAUCUUUUAAAAUAAGGAACACAGAUCUGGUGACACUUUCUGUGUUUGGGGAGGAAAAUCAGGUAGCUUUUAAACUGAAGUUAACCUCUAGGUUCUUGUGUUUAUGGUAAUUGUAGUGUAGGGGCCAUUUUUGCUGUUUAAUCUUGCACUGUAUUUAAGGGAAAAACACUCCAGUUCAGGAAGGUUAGAUUUUCUUAAAAAGGAUACCAGACAAGAAGAAUAAGCUUUUGUUUUGAAGGCUACACAGCAUCAAGGCACCCCAGAGAGAAUGUAUUUUGCAAUAAAAUCAAGGUAAAUAAACACAACUUCCAGGAGCUAGCUUUGAUUGAUUGUUUGGAAGAAAUUAUCCUCUGUGGGCCUUGAGGGUAGUAAUGGCAAGAGUAGAUCUUUGGAACUCCUUUUAAUGCAGAUAAAUACAUCAGGAAAUUCACUUAAUAUGGUGUAAACAGUACAGUGUAGGGUAGUAUUAUACUAUGAAUUUCUGUCCUUAAGGCAAAGAAUUAGCUCAUACAAAUUGGGAGUAGAAGAGAAUGUUAAAUUUCAGCACCUACUUUGUACACAUGCAUAUAAGGCAUACACACAUAAUUUUGAACUUACAAUUGUGCAUGUUGAUUUACAGAAAUAAUGAUGAGACAGAUUGCAAAGUUACAUUUUUGGACCAUAUUAGAACUGCAAAACAAUGACAGGCAAUUUGUUAAAGAUCUUGAGUGAAUUAUUUAAAUCCUGUCAUGUAAUGUUUAGACAUGUAGAAUGUAGCUGAACUUUAAGGAAGUGAUCUAGAAGGGUUAAUUUUUGAAACUGACACAUUUUCAGAUUAAAAUAAUGCUUAUUUUGUACAGAAUGAUGUAAAACACAAAAAUCUGUUGUAUGUAAUGAGAAACAAACCGUUUGAAAACUAUAAUUCUUUAGCUUUAUCAAGGCUUUUUUUUCUUCCAGAAAUCUGGAUUAUCAUGUUAUAACCUGCGGUAUCUCACCAGGAUAACAGUGCCCUUUCUUUUUGUACAUAUUGAUUGGGAAUUUCUUUACUGUUACGUGGACACUUUCUAUGUUAGUUUUGAUGCAUAAUACUUUGAAUCCUUUUAUACAAACUAGAAUGUAUGUGUAAGAAUUACUGUCACUGCAAUGUAGUAACUACAAACUUAUUUUUAAAUAAAUAGAAAACAUGUUUUUCUAA